AUGAUUGACUUCACAAUUGCCGCCGUGUCAAUUGUGGCAGUCUUUGCAAUAUACAGCAUUCAAGUUGCCCGAAAGCUUUCUGGUAUUCCUGGACCAUUUGUGGCACGGUUUACAGACUACUGGAAGAUAUAUCAUAUGGUUAAAGGUGACUGGGCUGAGACUAUUUGCUGGUGGCACCAGCGUCAUGGUCCUCUAAUUCGUAUUGGCCCUAAUGCGCUGAGUGUUGGGGAUCCUACCGAGGUACCUCAAAUCUAUCAGACAAAUCCAUUGAAAUUGUUGAAAAAGGGACACAUGUAUAGAGGGCUGACAGCCUGGUAUAAAGGCCGAGAUGUGUCGGGAAUAGAGGGAAUAAUGGAUGAAGGGGAGCACGCAAGUAUUAAGAAAGUUGUUGGACAAUCCUUCUCCUGGGCAUCGGUUCUGGACUAUGAGCAUCUCAUGGAUCGCAGUACGAUGGAGUUCAUGGAUAUUUGCCAAAAGCUUGAGGUUCUCGAUCUGAACAAGUGGAUCUCAUACUAUACAUUUGACACUAUGAAUGGUAUUGCUUUCUCAACCGAUCUGGGCUGCAUGAGACAAGGGACAGAUGUUGGUGGAGUUUUGAAGACAGUUGAAGCCGUUUCUGGGCUUUGGACGUACGUUGCGGCAGCUCCGACACUUUUUAUGUGGGUUGCCCGCGCUUUGAGCUUUUUUAUCGGUCCGAGUGGGCCAUUGGUGGGUCUCUGUCUUGAUCGAAUCAGAUCCCGAACAGAGAAUAUGCAAACAGAGGCAUAUUCGGAAUCGAAGCGUCUGGACUUGCUUGGCGUCUUUUUGGAAGCGCGAAGGUCCAAUCCUUCGAUGAUCAGCCACGAAAAAGUUAUCGGCCUGACACUCACGACCCUUCUUACCGGGUCUGAGACCACGUCAAUCAACCUGGCUUGGACGGUUUUCUUUUUGCUCCAAAACCAAACGUCUCUCGCCCGUCUCCAGGAGGAGAUCAAAACAGCAGAUCUUUCCUACCCUCCGUCUCUGAAAGAUCUAUGCCGGCUUUCGUACCUAAGCGCAGUGAUCAAGGAAGGAACUCGAUGCGCUUCCACAGUUCAGUUAAAUUUGGAGAGAAUUGUCCCACAAGGUGGAAUGAACCUGUGUGACCGUUAUAUCCCCGCCGGAACGACUGUUGGAUGUCAUCAGCGGGUGAUCCAUCUCAACCAGAAUGUCUACGGUUAUGAUGCUGCUAUCUUCCGACCUGAAAGAUGGAUAGAAUCCAGUGAGGAGGUUCAAAGAUCAAUGGACCGUUCUGGGAUGUGGUUUGGAAGUGGAAAGCACAUGUGUCUUGGUCAACACUUUGCUCGAGCUGGGAUGAUGAAGCUGUUGUCGACGAUGCUGAUGAGAUUCAAGGUGAGAUUCAAUGCUGUGAUUCUGUUUCUACUUAUUUAUGAGCUGAUUCAGUAUAGGUUUCCGCCGUCGAUCCCAAAGCCCAGCAAAUCCCUUCCAACAGCACUCUACGAAUCCCAGCAGGCUCUUAUUACAUCAGAGUCAACACGAGGCAAGACUGCAAUCAAGCUGAAGAAGUGA